CCUCCCACCCCUGCUGCUCUUCUCCCCACUCCCGGCCCAGCGAGUCGCGAGCGAAGGCGCGCGGAUCUGCAGUGUCUGGACGAGAUUCCCUCGGGAAGCGUCGCGGUCCCGGCGGCAGCCGCCCCAGCGCAGGUGGACCCUGCACUUCGAACCCUCCAACCGCCGCCCCUCCCCCCGGGGGUCCCGAGCUAGCGGAUGGGAGGCACGGCUCGCGGGCCGGGGCAGAAGGAUGCGGGGCCGCCCGGAGUCGGACUCCCGCCCCAGCAGCGGAGAUUGGGGGAUGGUGUCUAUGAUACCUUCAUGAUGAUAGAUGAAACCAAAUGCCCACCCUGUUCCAAUGUACUCUGCAAUCCUUCUGAACCGCCUCUGCCCAGAAGACUAAAUAUCACCACCGAGCAGUUAACUAGAGAUCAUACUCAGCGCUUUCUGAGCGGAGGUGAGGUGAAGGUAGAACAGCUGUUUCAAGAAUUUGGCAACAGAAGAUCUGAUACUCUUCAGACAGAUGGCAUCAACGACUCUGAAAAGUGCUCUCCUGCCGCCUCUCAGGGUAAAAGUUCAGAUAGCUCCAAUGCGAUGAAAGCCAGCAGUUCUGCCAAAACAUCCAAAGCAGUGCCCCUGACUCCCGAGCAAGCCCUGAAGCAGUACAAACACCACCUGACUGCCUACGAGAAGCUGGAGAUCGUCAACUACCCCGAGAUUUACUUCGUGGGCCCAAAUGCCAAAAAAAGACACGGAGUGAUCGGCGGGCCCAAUAACGGUGGCUAUGACGAUGCAGACGGGGCCUAUAUUCACGUGCCUCGUGACCAUCUAGCUUAUCGAUACGAGGUGCUGAAGAUUAUCGGCAAGGGUAGUUUUGGGCAGGUGGCCCGGGUCUACGAUCACAAACUUCGACAGUACGUGGCCCUGAAGAUGGUGCGCAAUGAAAAGCGCUUCCAUCGGCAAGCCGCUGAGGAGAUCCGGAUUCUGGAGCAUCUUAAAAAGCAGGACAAAACUGGGAGCAUGAAUGUCAUCCACAUGCUGGAAAGUUUCACCUUCCGGAACCACGUUUGCAUGGCCUUCGAAUUGCUGAGCAUAGACCUUUAUGAGCUCAUUAAAAAAAACAAGUUUCAGGGUUUUAGCGUCCAGUUAGUUCGCAAGUUUGCCCAAUCCAUCUUGCAGUCCUUGGAUGCUCUCCACAAAAAUAAGAUCAUUCACUGUGACCUGAAGCCAGAAAACAUUCUCCUAAAGCACCACGGGCGCAGUGCGACCAAGGUCAUUGACUUCGGGUCCAGCUGUUUCGAAUACCAGAAGCUUUACACGUACAUCCAGUCUCGGUUCUACAGAGCUCCCGAGAUCAUCUUAGGGAGCCGCUACAGCACGCCUAUAGACAUAUGGAGUUUUGGCUGCAUCCUUGCAGAACUUCUAACAGGACAGCCUCUCUUCCCGGGAGAGGAUGAGGGAGACCAGCUGGCCUGCAUGAUGGAGCUGCUCGGGAUGCCACCACCGAAACUUCUGGAGCAAUCCAAACGUGCCAAGUACUUCAUUAACUCCAAGGGCCUACCUCGCUACUGUUCUGUGACUACUCAGGCAGAUGGGAGGGUCGUGCUUGUGGGGGGUCGCUCACGUAGGGGGAAAAAGCGGGGCCCCCCAGGCAGCAAAGACUGGGUGACAGCACUGAAGGGAUGUGAUGACUACUUGUUUAUAGAGUUUUUGAAAAGGUGCCUUCAGUGGGACCCCUCUGCCCGUUUGACCCCAGCUCAAGCACUGAGACAUCCUUGGAUUAGUAAGUCUGUGCCCAGACCUGUCACCAUCGAAAAGGUAUCAGGCAAACGGGUGGUAAAUCCUGCAAACGCUUUCCAGGGACUGGGUUCCAAGCUGCCUCCAGUUGUCGGAAUAGCCAAUAAGCUUAAAGCUAACUUAAUGUCCGAAACCAGUGGUGGUAUACCUCUGUGCAGUGUACUGCCGAAACUCAUUAGCUAAUGGACAGUGCUGUGCUCAGAGAUGUAUAUGUUUGUAUUUUUAAUUAUCUUGCAGACCUGAACAUGGGGGAAAAAAUACAGGCCCAUUGGCGGAUAUGUUUUUGUUAGACUAGAUUUUUUUUUUUAACAAGGCAAAACAUUUUUAUAUGAUGUAACAGAACUCUUCAAGGGCUAAUUACCUAACCAGCCUGUGUUGGCCAUCCUGGAAUGUACAUUAAAUGACUUUUUAUAGGUCAGUGCAUCUUCGUUAUUGUCGUCAGAUGUACAUCACCUUACGUAUGCUGCUACUGGUUUAAGUCCCUUUUUCUCAAGAUACAAGGUGCCCCGGGAAGUGUAUCCUGGCCACUCGUCACUUCUCAUCCCCCUCAGCCUCUGUUCCAGAGGGGUAGCUUGGGACAUAGCCGUGGUUCUGGAUGAGAGCCGAAGCUAGCCCUCUUGCCCCAGCAGGCUGUUCUGUGGGCUCAUCCCAGGUGAAAGAGCUCGGCAGAAUAUGAGGCAGGGGAAGGUUCUGGAAGUUCUUAGUCACUUGAAAAAGUGGUGUCACUGCUUCUCAAUGACUCAUUUCUCUUUCAAUCCUGUGAUGUGUGCUGUUUUAAUUUUAUGUUGUUAUUAUUUUUAUGAUUUUUCUGCUUCUGAUGUUUCCUGGGAAAGGCAUUUUAUAGCUAUCCUAGCCCUUUACCAAGCACUGGUUUUAAAACUUAAGUCCUCUGUAUCACUUUACAACCCCACCUCACCCCUGUCUCCAGGGAGCAUAAAGCAGCUUCUUUGCCUCAGAUGACUGUUAAGGGAGAAGCAGCAGGUAAACUUCAGUUCCCGAGUUUCUCGGAACCCUGGAGACCAGCCAACUUGCUGCAUUUCCAUGGACUUCUUCCCUAUAAAAGUGAUCACUCUCUGAGAAACCUAACCAUGGCCCACAGCCCACCCUCCUCUCUCCCCAGCCCUCUGCCGCUUCAGCAUGCCACAGUCUCCCCACCGGCCAUUUAAGCCGAAGACUGCCCCCUAGGUGCUGAGUGAACUUCAGCUAUAAGACAAUCCAGGUGCCGGCUGUCAACCAUUUCCUUUUCCUUCGCUUGAACAUCCUUUCUUUUUCUCUGCUAAGAUUUCAGCGAGGGCUGACAGUAAAGCUGACUGCUAGCCAGAUGUCUUCCUUGGAAGGGCGGAGAAGGCACAGUAACUCAAAACUCAGUGCUACUGUGUCCUUCCCCUCUGCUUCCACCCUCCUCCAAGAGUGUGCCCGAGCUUGGUCCUCAGAGCGGCCUCUCUGAGGUAGACCGUUGCUUUCUUCAGCACCAUUCCCAGGAUGGCCCAGUUCCAUUUUCACUCUAGAACUUAGUCUGCGAGCUCCUUAAGGUCAGAGAUCAUAAGAUCGCCGGGCAACACUGUAACCAGAAGAAGAGAAAUGCCAGGGGCACAUCACUGAAGGAACUCCUGCCUCAGAAGUACUCUGGUCUCCACAGCAUGGGCUGUGAAAACGGAGAGUGACCCGAUGUCCACAGCAUGGCCUUGGCCACGGGCAUAAGGGUUCAGACUGAGGCCUUGGCCUCUUGAAAAGGGCACAUCCUGGUGCUUCUGGUGCCUGAGCAAUGGCACAUUUUAAAACUUGAAUCACUUCCUUCGCUCCGGGUUUACCGAAGGCAGUGGGAACACACCCACACUCCACGUCCCUCCAGCUCCUGCUGAGCCCGCGGCCCCACAGAGAAGCAGCGUAAGCAGCCGCCACGUUAUCUCGGCAGAGCACGUGUCGGGGUUGUUUUGCCCGUUGUUAUCAGUGUGGAAGACCUGCUCUUAAGCAAACAGCGUUAAAAAAGACGGCUGCCCCAGACACAUCUGCCGUGCCCAGAACCGGGAUGUGUUUGUCGGAAGCAAUCUCCUGGGUCAGCCCACGCCGUCUGCCGCGGGGAGAGGAGGUAGUCCGUGGCUGCGGUGGUCACGUGGUCCGUUUCAGUGCAUUGAGUAGAUAGAUUUAGGUUCCUGGAACCAGGCCGAGGACAGGCUGUAGACAACUCUGACGCCAUACAAAUUCUAGAAAGCUCUGGGAAGGCGGAUAGAUGUGUUUCUGCCUAGGUUUGGCAACCUGGAGAGUGACGCAGAGCAGAGUCAUCGGGCUGGCUGGGGCGCCGUCUUCCGCAGCCGAGUCAGGUUUAGGGAGAGUGGGCUGCUUUAAAACGAGCCUGUUGUACCAGAUGGAUCUGGGGAGGUUGAUGAAUUGGUUUCAAGUUUAGGGCAAGUUGUCAUUUUUAGAAGCUGUUACCCGGUGCCCCCUUUUAUCAGCCACUGUUAAAUUGUCACUUGGAUCCCUGCCCAUAGCAGAGUGACUGAACUGGAUCAGAGUUCGUGCAGAGAUUCAGGCUGUCUCCCUAGCAGUCACUGAAUGGCUCUGCAGCCAUUUUUGUUCUUCUGGUCAUUUUUUUUUUUUUUUUAAGAUUUUAUUUAUUUGACAGAGAUCACAGUAGGCAGAGGGGUGGGGGAAGCAGGCUACCUGCUGAGCAGAGACCCUCCCCCCCCAUGUGGGGCUCUAUCCCAGUACCCUGGGAUCAUGACCUGAGCCGAAGGCAGAGGCUUUAACCCACUGAGCCACGCAGGCGCCCCUUUUCUGGUCAUUUCAAUUAAACAGCUCAAGUGGGUUGGCUUCUACUGAUUUUUAAGUUGAACGAAUCAGUGGAGUUUCCGAAUUGCUAUUGCCACCAUGAAAAGAGUGGGUAGGAAGUUUUGUUUUACCUUAUUCCUAGAGUCAUUCUUUUGCCCCCCAACAUGGGACAUUGGCUAAUCCAGCUAAUACCUGCUCCUCGUAUCAGACUCUUUCCUACCUCCCAGUGACUGAUCUGUUCAUUCAUCACAGGCUAUCGUGGUUUCCUUUACUGGAAUGUCAGCUUCAAAUGGGCGGGCCCACGUCCUCAUGAUGCUCAGUGCACCGGCUGUAACGCUGUCAGUCGUGUGCAGGUGGUCGGGGUUCACUUCCCUCCGUGCACUAGGAAGGUGCUCACGUCUUGUCUUCUUUUAAAUUGACCCACAUGAUCUCUUUUUUUUUCUUUUUUUAAAGAUUUUAUUUAUUUAUUUGACAGACAGAGAUUACAAGUAGGCAGAGAGGCAAUCAGAGAGAGGAGAAAGCAGGCUCACCACUGAGCAGAGAGCCCAAUGUGGGGCUCGAUCCCAGGACCCUGGGAAUAUGACCCGAGCUGAAGGCAGAGGCUUUAACCCACUGAGCCACCCAGGUGCCCCAGACCCACAUGAUCUCUAAUCUCUCCUUUUUGAGAAAGGGUAAUCAGAGGAGGAUUAUGUGAGGACAUCUGGUCUAGCACUUGGCACCUUGAUAAUAGUGAAAAAUACAGCCAGAACCUUAACUGUGACUUAAAAGAUUCUGUUUCUGUCCCUCAGACACUCUGAAGGAAGAGAGGGUGUAGUAUGGCUUUUCUCCAGAAGACUUUAGUGUAUGACUAUAGGAGCAUGCUUUAGUCCUCAGUGGGGGGUUUUCUUGGCUUUGGUUUUUGACUUUUGGGUUUUUUUAGAGGGAGAGAGCAGUGGGAGAGGGGAGAGGGGUAGAGGGACAGAGGGAAACUUAAGCAGGUUUAUGUCCAGCUUAAAGCCUGAUGCGGGGCUCUAUCUCACAAUCCUGAGAUCAUGACCUGAGCUGAAAUCAAGACUCUAAUGUUUGACCAACUGAGCUACCCAGGUGUCCUGAGUCUUCGGUGUCUUAAGAGGGUUUGGGACAGACGGGUUAGCUGGCGAAUGUCAUUAUACUCCUAACUUUUUUGACCUUUAAUCUGUUAAGAAUGGGGUUUGUUGCAUGAUCAAAAGCAACAGAACAGAUGAUUAAAUAAAAAGUUCAACCACGAAACAGUUUGGAUCUGCAGCAGCUGGUCGUGUUGAAACACUGUUUUGCCUAAUUCCUAAGUAGGCAUAAUUAAAGUUAAAUGCUAAAUUUUAAAUAGCAGCUGAUAAAUGCUGAGCUUUCCUAACAAUGCUCCUAUUGGUUUAGUGAACCAUGGAAAGCUUUUAAUUAUUUCUCAUGCAUCUGUUGUUGGUUGUCCUCAGCAUGGAAGCUGGAAAAGUGGCAACGAUCAUUCUGGACUGCCUCUGGAUACUUUUUUCUCCUUUGAGAAUGAAGGAAAAGUACUGAACUUUUGAGCCAGGCGGACAGAACAUGUUUUUCUCCAGGUCUCCCAUCAUGUUGGAGAUGACUGGUCCGUAGAGUGCUGUAACUUAACUACACGCAGAGCCCCUGCAGUCAUCUGUGAUAUGAACAACCUCAAGUCUCCAAAUAAAGAGAGGGACAAGAUAAGACGAGAAACUAGCACAUCAAGGAAGAGUUGUCCUCUGCCAGGAUCAGCCUCCCCGUUUUCAAGAAUAUUCUUCAUACCCUCAGUUGAACAUGUCCCGCUUUCAUCUUCAAACUGUAUUUCCUGAAUCCCAGGAAUUUAAAGGAAUUUACCUCCAAACCUGGCCUUCAACUAUAAUGCGAUUAGGGGUAACCCUUUCCAAGUGUCUAUUCAAGUAUGCCCACUAAUUUCAGUGAGGUAAGUUUGUAAGCGUCACAAUGAACCCAUCCAUGUAAGGACUAAAAGCUUUGGCUCCUGAGAUCCAUAACCCCUGAGAUAAGCCAGAGCCACAAAUACAUCGUCUAGACUUUGAAGGAGAGAAUAUGAUUCUUAAUAUAGCUCACCAACCGCUAAGUCGUGCCUAGACUGUCAUCAUUUUUCUAUAACAGGAGAAGCCUGCCUGCCUGUUGACUAGAGAGAGUCUCCCCUCCUCUGCCACCACACAAAUAAGCUAAAAAAGAAAGAAGGGCCCCAAAUCGGGCCAGAUGGUGACCCGUGACUGUUUCAGCUCAGGAUGUCAGCCUCUAAAGCAUCACGUUUGAAUCAUUUUGGUAUCAUGGGAUUCUAUCAUUGUUCCUUUGAAUCUGCUGACACGCUUCCUCUGGGAAGUGUAGCUUGGCAUGGAUGAGUCAAUGGAUUUUGUUUUGUUCUGUUUUGGGGUGGGGGGUGUUUGUUUUUUAAAAAAAUAAAGAUGAAAUGCUUUGA